AUGGCUCCAUCCAGGGGCGACAGCUUGGCCUGCGCUCGGCGUAUCUUCGCAGCAUGCAAUUGCCCACGCACAUCGUUACUCGCGCCUCGCCGGAGCUAUUCAUCGCUCUUGAUGGGCAGGACGGCUCCUUGGAGCCUUUCUCUGCCGAGCAAGAGGCCCGUUGCUUACAGGAGAUUCUCAUCGUUCGUGGAGAAGCUCGCAGACCCCUCUAACAAGCUGCAAAGCUACAUUUCCAGCAGCGACGACCCGUACCUCAACCUCUCAAUCGAACAUGUCAUCCUACAAAAGAGCCCCGCAGACAGCACCGUCCUCUUCCUUUACGUGAACCGGCCUUGCGUGGUCAUCGGCCGCAACCAGAACCCAUGGACAGAGGUCAAUCUCGGCAUCCUCAAUGGCACACGCCAAAUGCAGAAUCCCAAGGGCAGCGAGCCCCCCGCCAUGCGCCCCGUUGACCUCGUGCGUCGCCGCUCCGGAGGUGGCACCGUCUUUCAUGAUGAGGGCAACCUCAACUGGAGCAUUACCUGCCCGCGCAAUGAUUUUACGAGAGACAAGCACGCUGAGAUGGUGGUUCGCGCAUUGCGCAAGCUGGGCAUCCAACGGGCUAGGGUCAACGAGCGACACGACAUUGUGCUCGACCAAGGACACGAGAGGCGCGCCUCCGACCCUCAUGACACGCAUCGUACAUUGUACACAGUCGAUCAAGGCACGCUGCCACGGCCUCUGAAGGUCUCUGGCUCAGCAUACAAGCUCACACGGCAGAGAGCCCUGCACCAUGCGACGACCCUGCUGAGCUCGCCGAAUCUGCACAUCAUACCACAGUACCUGCGCUCUCCGGCGAAGAAGCUCAUAGAAGCAAAGGGCGUCGAGAGCGUCAGCUCGCCCGUCGCGAACAUCGGCCUCGACGUAAAGGCAUUCCAGAAGUGUCUACAAGCAGAGUUUGCAAACAUGUAUGCAAACCUUGGAACACCAAGCAUCAUCGAGACCGUCCACGACGAGUACCUAAACAUCCCAGAAGUUCGGAAAGGAUACGAAGAAUUGCGGACUGACGAUUGGAUGUGGUCGCAGACCCCACAAUUCCAUCUUUCGCUCGACCCCAGCGUCGAUAUUGGCGUCGAUAUGGAUGUGCACCAUGGCAUAAUCAAGAGUGUAGACUUCAAGGGCUCCCUUCUGUCGACCGAAGCACAACAAGACCUGCGGAUUAUGCUACUCGAUCAGAAGUUACAGGAUAUCCACAACUGGACACGAUUCCUGCAAACCCGUCUCAAAAAAUGGGAUGAGCGGAGCGCGGCGGUUGCAAGACGUUUGGAUGAGCUCAUGCCGAUUCCCGCGCCGUCAAUGUCGAUGUCUGACUAA